AUGUCAGCAGAAGAUAGAAACAUCCCUCGGGAACGAAGUAGACGUGCUACCGCCGCUUGCGAUUCCUGUCGACAGAGAAAGAUAAAAUGCGAUAAUACCAAGCCAAGGUGCCGAAAUUGUGAGAUACACGAUAAGUCUUGCUCUUACGUGAGGCGGCUGGAGAAACCCAGGCCUUCGAACGCACGUAUCAUCCGCUUAGAAGAGGAGAAUCGCCGACUCCAGGAAUCUUUGUCGAGACUGGGCAUGCUCAUAUCCUCUGAAGGAAAAGAUACAGCGACUACACCCUCUUCAUCUCCUCUCACAGUAGCCACUCGAGGGCCAUCAAACACACCGGCAGUCAUCGCUGCUGAUUUACCAGAGACUUCCAAAUCUCUUACUAGCAGUUCACCUGCGCCACCCGUCUCGUUUUCCGCGGAUCGGGAGUCACGAUAUCAUGGCCCAACCAGUGCAUUGUUUGAUGAAACAUCUUCUAAUCCCGAGACACGGCUGAACCCAACUGCAGUUCCGAAUGUCCCUGAGGCUUGGAUACAGAAUAAAUUACUAGGGCAAACCGCAAGGCAACGACAGCUUGAAUCUAUCAACUUUUCUUCUGGCAAACUUGAUUUCGAUGGCGUCGAACCAGGCCUGGGUAUGCAACUCCUCUCUAUCCACUGGAAUCGUCAAAACCAUUAUGGUUUAAUUGUCUAUCGAAGUGCCUUUAUGCGGGACAUGGCUUGCGGAGGGCCAUAUUUCUCGAAACUUCUUCUUAACGCAAUAUAUUUUGGAGCGUCUCCACAUUGUUCCAGGCCUGAGAUACGUCGUGAUCCCGAGGAUGUUCGAACGGCAGGAUGGCUAUAUCGACAGCGGGCCAUGGAGCUGCUAAGCACGUCGUUCGAUAAGAGUAAGAUCACUACUAUACAAGCCUUGCUUAUAAUGGCACAGGCCCUAUUUACGUGGUGUGACGAGAGAAGUGCCUCAUGGCUGUAUGCUGGAAUGGCUUUCAAUAUGAUCAUUGACUUAGGGCUGCAUGUUGAUGCACCUUCAUGCGCGGCGACCCUUUCCGAGGAGGAUUUAGAGAUCCGUCGAAGAGUCUUUUGGGCGGCUUUUGCUAUAGAUAAAGUUCAAUCUCUUUAUCAGGGAAGACCUGCUUGUCUCCGCGAAGCUAAUACCAAUGUUCCUAUAAAAUUCUUGGACGAAUACGAAGAAUUAGACCACUUCAACGGACUCUCGUAUACCGAGUCCCAAAGCUAUCCCCAUUCUCCAGUAUAUGGCAUCUCUUCGUUCAGAGAGCUGUGCAAGCUUAGCGUCAUCAUGGACAGGAUUCUUGGCAGCCUCUACGCAGAGAAGAGCGCAACGAGGAAUCCAGAUGAUCUCUUUCAGGAAUCAAAAGCUCUAUAUACUGAUCUAGAGCGCUGGCGCAAAGAUUUGCCGUCCUCUCUGGACUUCAAGCUUGUCGGGAGUGGCGACACAACCCUGCUGCCUCAUAUGCUUUCGAUCUUAGCGAUGUUCAAUGUCCUCGUUAUAUUACUCCACCGACCAUUUGUCUCGGAUGGCCACCUCUGUUCUACUACUGCGUCGGUUGCAUAUGAUUCAUUUCUUAUAUGCGCAUCUGCCGCAACGGAGAUUGAUCACAUUUUACGGGCAUACAGCAAGGUGUUCUCAAUGAGAUAUUCGCCCUACUUCCUUUCCUAUGCUACAUAUGUAAGCGCAACAAUCCAUGUUCGUAUAGCCGCUCAAAGGGAACCUGGGUCAGAAGCACAUCGUUCGCUACAGAAUUGUUUAGACGUGCUCACCGAGCAUCAGUCUCUUUGCGCGGCACCUAGGAGGGCGAAACGUAUUAUCGAGAGCCUCGCGAAGCGUAUGGGUGUUACAACUUCCACAGGAAAUAAGGGGGCCGAACCACCUAUCCCGACUCUAAUUCAGAACAGACCCGAGUUGUUUGGAGCCGAAGGAUCAGCUCAGGCUCCUGUUGGUAGUAAUCAUGGUAACGUCGAGCCUGCACAGCCUGAUCUUGAUAUGGAUGCUAUUAGACGGAGCUUCACCGUUGAACAUCAACCCUCCCAUCCUUUCGUCUAUCGCUUCGGACCAGUCCCAUCCGCGCCCGAGUCCGAUCCGACGAUGAAUAUCAAUUUCAGCAGCACUCUCUCGACUAUUCCUUCACCGCACCCAAACACACCCUUAUUAUACGAUCCUCUGUUUGGAUUCAGUGGACCAACGCUCGGCAGUAAUGGGAUAGGGUUCGAAAAUAAUAUCUUUUGGGGUGAAGAGUAAACACCUUGCCGGACUUCUCUCC